AUGGGCAACCAUGGCAGUAGAAAAGACCAGAGGAAAUGGGGGAAGCAAGGAGGAAAAGCUGCCCGCGCUCUGUCUCGAGUGGAGGAACUGCGUGGUCCGCCAGUGGAUUCCUACGAUAAGCUGAUAGCAUGGCUGGCCGAGAUGGCAGAGCACGACAACGUGGAGCUGGAUACAUCGGUGUUCGUGUCCCAGCUGAACCGCGUCUGCCAGGAACAAGCCGAGAACCAUCACCUGGGUGUGUCUGCCAGUGGCGGGUUUGGCAACGGAAGUCCCCUGACCGGAGGAAGCUCUCCCGGGGCCUGUGGGAGUAGAGCUCCCAACACCAGACAGAACUCCACGUCGUGUGACAGCCACGUCAGUCACGCUAGUAGCGAUGUCACGCAGCGGAACAGAAGCUCCACACGGUCCGACGAUUUCCUGGAUCCUAGUUCGGCAUGGAAGUCUGGAGUGAGUACUAGACAGAACACAUUCAGUGAUGAUCUUGAAGAAGAGGAGGAUUCGGAGCUCCGAAACGCCUCCGUGGAGUCUCUCUACAGCAGCACGGACAGAGACAGUGAGCUAGGAAGUAUACUAGCCGACGACGCCAACUGUCGAAGGAGUGGGCGUAACUUCCAGAGUAGCUCUCCUUUGUUUAGAGCUACCGUCUCCAAGAAACUACGCUGUAUUAAGGGUAACUACGUGAUGACACCAUGUAGUGCUAGUUUUGGCAAUUUGGAGUUAUAUGACCGACCGCAACUGGGGGCCACACGCUGCCACCCUCAUCAGUACGUCAAGAAGAGUGUUAGUUUACUCGACUUGUCAAAAACAGAACCAAUUACUCCACCGAAAACAAUUCCAAAAGUGGUUCUGACACAUGAUAGUGACUUGACCCCAGAAUCCAGACCUCUCUUGGAACAUACAGUUAUACGGAAAAAGCUGGGGUCAGGGCCGAAAUCGUUGUCUUUGACCUCUGGCCGCAAGAAACAGGCCAAGUUGGAAAGACACUUUUCCUUGCACUCGGACCCUCGACCAUUUCCCUCAUCGAUGUUUGGCCGUUUAUUGCCUCCAAUCUUUACAACCCCGCCCGUGGAAGAAGCAACUCCAGUCAAAUCCCCGGAUGAUGCAGCCGUAUUCUUGGAUGGCGAUUUACUAGACCGCAACAUUGCAGACAUUUUGUUCUCUGUUGAAGCAUUGUGGCCCAAGAAAUGA